UUCAAGACAGUCGUUUCAUUGCCUCGAUGAAAGAAGGCACGGUUGUUCACUCUCCGAGAACUUUAGCAAAUAUUUCGAAUUAAUAUUCGAAAAAAGAACAUAUCGAGGGUGUGUUUUUGUGUGAAUACUUAUAGGAAAACUAUUUUUAUCGUUAAACAAAAUUGGGUAAUUUAAUGUGGACUGUUAUUUUGUGUUAGAACGUAAGGAAUUUCUUAACACGUAAACUGGUUUCAAGCAAGACGUUGUUUAUUAUGGAUUUUGUAACUGGCAUAUUAUUAUAAUCUAUUGGAUUUUACAUAUGAGAGUGAUUUGACUGUAUAAAAUACCUUAUUGGAUUCUUGUUGGCAAGAUCAUUUCAUGGAAUAAGAAAAUAAGUAAAUCAGCAAAACACAAAGAGACCAACCGAAAAAAUGUCAAGAUAAUAUUGUCGAAGAAGUCAUAAAAACCUCGAAAGGCAAUGAGGACGUAACCAACUCUGAAAUGAGGAACAGCUAGUGGCACUAGUUUCGAGUGAGCGAAGUGGUGAAGUGACAGAAAGUGACGAUGGCUCUUCCAAAAGUGACACUAAUUUGUGCCGUGCUAAGUGUUGUGCUGGUAUCCGUGUAUGGACAUGUGGCGUUGACAUACCCACCUGCAAGAAGAUUCGAUUUGGAUUUCCUGGACAACUCCAGAACGAAGGCACCAUGUGGAAUGCCCAAAGGAACGUUGAAAACGACGUUUUUGGCGGGCUCGGCAUUCACAGUGCAUUGGCAUUUAGCGUACGCGCAUCGGGGUGGCUUCAGUCUGAGGAUACUUGAUGAGUUGGAGCGUCCAGUUCUGGACCUCACGCCGAGGGCUGGAGGAUCAGAGUUCGUCAGGGACGAUGUCACUGCCCAGAAGUACGAAGUCCGGCUGCCAUCAGACUUCACCUGCGAGAACUGCACCCUGCAACUGCAGAGGGAGGCGGGGGAGUGGGGGGCGGGCUACAGGUUCUGGUCCUGCGCAGAUAUAGACAUUCUACCGCGCAAAGACUACCACGAGACGUGCUCCGGUCAUGGCUUCCACAUUCUGGGCCGCUGUAAAUGCAACAAGAUGUACUCCGGACCCCGCUGUCAAUUCUCAGACGAGUGUAUCGAAGACACUGACUGUGGUUUGAGGGGAAAGUGUGUUGAUGUCAACGCAACUGAGUCUCCAAGCAAGAUGUGUUAUUGUCCCCAUGGGUUUUAUGGGAAAGGAUGUAAUAAAAAGGCCCCCUGGAAGGACAAGACCAUAAACCUAGGUCUGUACAGCAAGAAGGAGCUGUCCAAACAGUUCAGACUGUACUGGCGUAUACUUAAGGAAGAAGCUGAAGUCGAAGUAGUUAUGGUCGUCAAUGGAACCACUUAUGCUGCCGUGGGCUGGAGACCCAGCGGGCUCACAAAGGAAUGCAAGAAUUUCCCUGUUUUGGGACCUUCAACGGAACACAAACCGAGUACAACGAAACCAGAACCUUUGCCAGAACCAGAACCGAAAGCGGAACCGGUACCAGAACCGGAACCGAAACCAGAACCGGAACCGGAACCGAAUGCGGAACCAGAACCGACAGCUGAGCCUAAAGCUGAGCCAGAACCAACAGCGGAACCAGAACCGAGUUCCGAACCCGAACCUACGGCAGAGCCUAAGGCUGAGCCAGAACCGACGGCGGAACCGAAACCUGAGCCGACACAAGAAAGUGACAGCAGGAACAAGCGAGUGGCCAUGCAUUCUCUUGAUGGGAUCGACUUCAAGAACCUUGGAGACGAUGUGACGGUCAAAACCAGCAUUUCUUACAAGGUGUCCAGUUCUAAAGGCCGAAGAAAACGAGCUACCGACGAAACUGAGAAUGUGGAAACCUCAACCACAGUCGUUGUCCAUGAACAUAACGUUAGCUCCACUCCUCCCCUCGAACCUAGCAUUGAAACUACCUUAGAACCAAAGCCUAGACCAAUUUCGUCAACCACGCUUAAACCUAGACCAAAAUUCUCCCCCAAACCAAAGUUUACACCAAAGUUUAAACAGUUACGUUUUAAUUCCACGACAACUAAGACACUGCCAGAAACUACUCCAGUUUCUAUUGUACCAGAACCAAAGUCGGAGCCAGAACCAAGCCCAGAACCAAAACCAGAACCUACUUCUGAGCCUGAGCCUGAGCCAGAACCAAAAUCUGAACCCGAACCCACCGCGGACCCUAAAUCUGAGCUAGAACAAAGUCCUGAACCCAAAUCGGCACCAGUACCAUCUCCCGAGCCUAAAUCAGAACCAGAACCAUCUCCCGAGCCUAAAUCAGAACCAGAACCAUCUCCCGAGCCUAAAUCAGAACCAGAACCAUCUCCCGAGCCUAAAUCAGAACCAAAACCAUCUCCCGAGCCUAAAUCAGAACCAGAACCAUCUCCAGAACCUGAGUCGGAACCGGAACCGAGUCCAGAGCCUAAAUCGGAACCAGAACCAAAUCCUGAACCUAAGUCGGAACCGGAACCGAGUCCAGAGCCUAAAUCGGAACCAGAACCAAAUCCUGAACCUAAGUCAGAGCCAGAUCCCAGGCCCGAACCUAAAUCAUUGCCAGAACCAUCUCCUAAAUCUAAUUCCGAACCAGAACCAUCUCCCGAACCUAAAUCUGUACCAGAACCAAGUCCCGAGCCUAAAACAGAACCAGAACCCACAUCCGAACCUUCCCCAAAACCCGUUGCUGAAACGGAACACGAGAAUUUGCUAGUGAAGGGACUUACUGAAGAUGCAGGAUAUUUCCCAGCGCACGAAUACGUCCCCAAAUUCGACUUCAACCCUAUGGAUUGUACCGAUAUCGUGAUCGGAACCGCCAGAGGGAACUAUCAUAGGGUCCUGGACUACUAUACCAGGGACAGGUCUACCCCCCGAGUGGACACCUUCUGGGGCGGCCACGACGACAUCACGGCUGCUUCAGGUUAUGAAGAAAAUGGCGUCACCACCAUAAUGUUUAGGAAGAAGAUUAAGGCCAAAGAACCAACAGACCACUCGCUCGUAGACGACCUCAUGCACGUAAUAUGGGCGCGCGGGCAGGAGCCAGGGAAAUACGUUCACAACCCGCCUUCCGGACUCGAGAAGGGAUCAGCUGCUGUAGCCGACUUUUAUAGACAAGACGAGCUGAAAUACCACGGACAUGGGGGGCAGAGAGGCGUCACCAGGAUUAACUUCUUUGAAGAAGAAAAAUCCUCUGCUUCGGGCGGCAUCUUGCCUCUGGAAGACAAAUGCGGUGGUCACUGGAAGUACCCCUCAGAUUGCAACGUGGGUAACAAUAGCUGUGAGUACUACGCCUCGUGGGAGUACCUGGGACAGAAGAGGGGGAAAGAUUCCGUCAGAUUUACGAUCAAGACCAAACAGAGCAAGUACUGGACCGGGAUUGGGUUUAGCAAGGAUAAGAAAAUGUCUCAAACUGACGCGAUAAUCGGCUGGGUAGACGCCCGCUCCGGCCGACCUUUCAUCAUGGACUCCUGGGUCAGCGGGUACUCCGCCCCCAGAGUUGACCAGAGACAAGACAUUACCAAAGAGAGCGGCAGCACUGUCGAUGGCGUGACUACCCUCAGCUUUGUUAGGAAGAGGAACACUGGAGAUCAGAAGGAUCUAUCAUUCACGGACACAGACUGUCUAUACAUGAUGUUCAUCACACACGGCGGUAACUUCGACCCCGUUAACAAGAGGACCAGCAAACAUCUCCAAGUGCCGGUGGUCACUGAAGAGAAAGUCUGCAUCAAGCCUUGCGGCCCAGAACCUCCAGAAGAAGAGGUGACAACCGAGAAGAUACUUCCAGGGGAGACCGCCUAUACCAUACUGAUCAGAAUCACCGGUCUUGCUGAAAGCUUCAAACCACCGUCCCCUGGCAGCAAGGAGUAUGAGGAGCUGAGCCAGCAGGUUAUGGACAAUUUGGCCAGGGAAUUGAAGAGGAGUAAGGGAUACCACGGAUUGGUCGUCAAUGGAUUUAUGCAAAACGAAACUAGCGCCAUCAUCGCGGAACUAACACUAAAAUCGAUCGACUCCAAUCUGAUCGAGGGUUCGAGUGCGCGCUCGCUCGACGCUGCCGUCUCAUCUAACACUAAUGAGACGAAAGGAGAUAGCGAUAUGGAGAAGUGGCAGAGGGUUGUGAGGGAUACCCUGGCACAGGGGAAAGUGGGAAAUCUCAAUGUAGACCCGGAGUUCUUGGUGUUUGAGCCGCAGAGCUUAAUAUCAAACCGUCCUUCAGAAGAUGAGGAAGGCAAUGCGCGUAUGUUCUUCGGUUUAGCUGAGACCAAGUUGUAUGUGGUUGUGGGGUGUGUGGCGGCUCUUAUACUGGUCGCUGUCCUUCAGGCUGGCUGUACUCUGUACAGGAGCAGGUCCAGUGGGAGUAAGACUAAGGACCAGCUAAUUCCCAACGCAGCCUGGAAAGACUACUCCUCAUCGAACACGAACUACGCAUUCGAGCCGUUCGAAAACGACGAGAAAUACGGAGGAACCGCUUCCACGGCGGCGCUGAGGUCGCGCCCGCCCUCGCGCCCGCCCGGCCCGCCGCCGCCGAGGCCCAACAGCGCUCACAGAGGAACCCCUAAGCCUCAAACAAACGGUCACAAGAUGGCCGCCAAUGGAAACAAGAUGGCGUCGAAUGGCACCAACGGCCGCAGCACGCCCAAGCACAGCCACCCCCCGCACUACCACGAGACCCGCUCGCUGCAGCGGCCGAGGGGGCAGGGAGGGGCCGGCGCGCUAUACGGUUACGGCCAACGUCCGGAGCGGGCGACGUAUUCACUUCCACGAGGGACCAGGGACAGGGACGCCGCGUUGUCCCCCCAUCCAGACUUCUAUUUCAUGCCUUCUCAGAGGAAAUACGAAGAUUUUUGACGGAGACACCGAAGAGUUUAAUUGCAUUAAUUUAGUUACCAGAUCCGAUAUUUCUUAACACCGAACAAAUGUACCUUAAGAUAUAUAGUUCACAAUAUGUAUUUAUUAUUUCUUUAAUUCUCCAAACCAGAUCUAGUCUCGUGUCACAGUUUUAAAAUAAGUUAUUUUCACGUAUUUUAAUGUAAAAUUUACAUUUUAUUUCUGUUAUUUUAAUAAUGUAAAUAUUAUAUUUAGAUGUAUACGUUGCUGUAUAUUGCACAAAAUAACAUAUUAAGCAUAUUGAUAUUUAAAAUGAAAUUAUGAUAGUGUAUGGCAUAUUUACUGCGGCAUUAGUAAUUAAAAAUGUAUAUAAUUUGAUAUGAAUUGUGAUGCAAGUAGCGCCAUCUAUUCCAGUCUUGCGUCACUACAUGAUAUAUGAAGAAAACAGAACAAAUCUUGUAAUAGUGAAAGAAAAAUAAUGAGUUUAAUUUAGAUUAAGAAAUUUUAUUAGACACCUUUAAUAAUCUUUAUGAUAUGUAGGAUACUUCCAAUUUGUAAAAUUAAAAUUUACCUCGUCAGUCUAUAACAAUUUUAGAAUUUUGGAAAAUACGGUGCCCAAGCCGCUAUCUGUCGGAAAAGAACAUCAUUUUAAAUUCUGGCAUUUUUUUAGCUAAAUAGGUUCAUAUGUUGUUAAAGACAAAGAAUGUGUUAUCAUAUUAGUGUUUAUAUUUAAAACAUUUAUUAUAUCUUUAUUAAUAUAAUAGUUAUUAUAGAUUUCUCAAUAUCUGCAACUAGCCAGGAUUCAUUUUGUGUAUAAAAUUUUUAAAUAAAUUUUACCACCAACCUUCAUUUUCCAUACAAAUCUAAUAUACAUAAUAUUCAAAGCGUAUAUAUUUCAACAUAGAUGUUGCCCUGGCUUCGCUCCUGUGGGAAUUUUGAGAUAAAAUAUAGCUUAUAGCAAUCUUGGACAAUGUACCUUUUUUAUUGGUGAAAGAAUUUUUGAAAUCGGUUCGGUAGUUUCUGAGAUUACUCGCAACAAAUAUACAAACUCUCAAACGCUAACCUCUUUAUAAUAAUAUAGAUAUAACCUGUUAUUUGUUUCAGACAGUACCUUUUAGAAACUUUGUGACAUUUCGUUCGUGUUAUUGUAAACUUCAUAUGUUUUCCAAUUAUAUUAAAACACCUUUUCCAAAAAUUUCACAAAUUAUUAAUGUGUGAUAGAAAGAAACAUAUUAUUUCAUAUACCACCACUUGCUUCCGGUGAAGGAAACCAUCGUGAGGAAACCUGCACACUGGUGGACUGUUUAGUUCAAUAGUAUCCGACUACUUGCCACUAGAUGGCGGAGUAGGCAGUCGUAAAAGUCAUGUCAGAUGCCUUUAGGUGACUUGAAUAAAAUCUGACACCAGUGCUAGCAAUAACACACUCGAUAUGAAGAUGAUUGUCUUAAUCUAAAUAACAUGAUAUACUGGGUUACAUAUAAUAUUACCAAAAAUCACGCAGCUCUAGAAAAUUGACUCUAGGAGUUUUGAUAUACGACAAAAUUACAUUAUAUUUUCUGUGACAUUACAAAUUUUUUAAAAGUAAUGAUUAUCAUCUCCUUACAUUCAUAUUUAUCUCCCAUGUUUCUAUUAGCGUCGUCGCGUCGCCGUCCCACCUCACCCACGAUCCACAUUGAGAGCUUAGCAUUGGAACGGAUAAUUAAACAAAUUUAUUUUUGUAUUGAAGUAAAAUAUAUAACGAAUUAUCAAAACUCGUCGAAUUAACGUCGUUGUUAAAGAUAUUGGGAAAAUGCUGGUUAGCAUUUAAAUUCUAACCAUCGAAUCGAUUCGAAACGAUCGAAAUCGAUUGAGACAGACAACGAACCAAUCACAUUGCCAUUGUGACGCAACGACAACCACACUGCAAUGUCAUUGGUUCGCUGCGUCACACUUCGAAUAGAUUUGAUGGUGAGAAGUGAAAAUACUUCGCCCCGUGGUCCUGUGAGGUUGUUGGCGUUUCAAAAACAAUCACGUAUAUGAAUUAUUUACGCUUUAAAUAUAACAAGUAGUAUUAGGUACGUUUAUUGGGAAAAUACCAUGAUAGGCAGUAUAGCAUUAUGAUCCUUAAUGUAAAUUGUAAUUGUCACACUGAAAUACCUACCUAGACUCCGCGCUGCAGUCGGCGACAGCAACAACGUGGCCGACAUGUUAUUCAUAGUUCCAUAUAUUGCUGUUGGAACUUUUCUCGUGGCGCGGACUGUACUUUAUAAUUUAGCAAAUUCUGAAUAUCAUUAUGUAGAUAUUACUAUGUAAAUUGGUUUAAAAGAUAAACGAAUCACUUCAUUUUGAUAACUAUAAUAAGUAAUUAUCGAACCUAAGACUAUGACAAAAUAAAAAUAUUUUUUAAUAAUGA